AUGGCUCCUAUGAACGAAAUCGAGCCCGUUUCAGAUAUACAAGAACUUCCCAACAGGCCAGGACCAUCUUCGCCUCUCGAUACAAGUCCCUCCAAUAUACAAAGGCAAGAAAAGCAAAGAUGGAACAUUCCGAAAUCUAACAUACCGAAAGUCGCUGCAACAUAUUGGUGCUUCAUUCUUCUGGGAGCGAAUGACAGCUCUUACGGGGUUCUUAUCCCUCAUCUUGAAACAUACUACGGAGUAUCUUAUCUCCAGGUCUCGCUCGUUUUUCUCUCUCCAAUUAUCGGUUUUAUCAUCAGCACGCUCACAAACCAUACUUUACAUACUUUGCUCGGAACACGAGGUGUGGCUGCGAUUGGGGGCAUUUGCCAGCUCAUCGCGUAUAUCGUCAGUAGCUUCCACCCACCAUUCUACGCUCUGAUACUGGCGUAUGCACUUGUUGGACUUGGAGCAGGUUUCAAAAAUGCAACUUGGAAUUCCUUCAUUAGCGGACUGGAACAUGCCAACGAGCUACUGGGCCUUCUACAUGGGUUUUACGGCCUCGGCGCAACGGUAUUACCCGCUCUAGCAAGCUCUCUGCUUUCGUCUAAGAACUGGCAGUGGUUCAUGAUUUAUUAUAUUUUGAUUGGAAUGGCGGCUUCAGAUCUCGCUCUCUCAGUCACAGUCUUCCGCUCUCACGACGCUCAAAAAUAUUAUGCUGCUCAUGAAAUUGAGAUGCACGCACAACCCAGCUCGGCAGAGGCAUCUGAUAACAUCGAGCGCCAAGCGGGAAGAAAAUCAGAAAGUGUGACCUUGCAAUGUGUCAAAAAUAAGGUUGUUCUUCUCUGCAGCUGUUACCUCCUUGCAUACGUCGGAUCGGAGGUAUCCUUGGGAGGUUGGUUGGUAACCUUCAUGACAAAGGUCCGACACGGUAACUCUUUUGACUCUGGGAUGACCUCAACUGGAUUUUGGGCGGGAAUAGCGAUCGGAAGAAUGGUAUUAGGAUUCGUGACUGGGCGCUUCCUCAAGUCAGAGAAGCAUGCAGUCGUGUAUUACCUCGGUGCAGCGAUUGUGCUAGAGCUUUUGUUCUGGUUGAUCCCGAGCUUUGUGGCAUCCGCUAUCAGCGCAGCAUUUCUAGGCUUUUUCCUGGGGCCCCUCUUCCCCGCUGCUAUAAUUUGCAUCUCCAAGCUUCUCCCGCGAUCCAUCCAAGUUUCUGCCAUUGGUAUCUGUGCCGCAGUCGGUGCAUCGGGCGCCUCGAUUGUUCCGUUUGCCGUGGGUGCGAUUGCCCAAGCAAAGGGAGUCAAGGCAUUGCAGCCCGUUAUCCUCGGCUGUCUAGUGCUUUGUACGAUAAUUUGGAUACUUAUGCCAAGACUGCCCCCACGCAAGUAA